AUGUCGUCGCAGCCCGACUCCCCUCACCCCGUGGGCACGGCCUCCCCCCAGCCUCGCGAAAGCGACGGUCAUGUAGACGGUAAGCAGUCCGACUCUGCAGGCCGCUCGCCUCCGCCCCAGGAAGACUCAGAGGCUGAGCAGGCCGCUGCAUCCACCUCUGCUGCUGGGAGCAGUGCCUCGCCCCCUCCGACAGCCACGGCCACCAAUGGCGACUGGCAAGCUAUUUGGUCACCCGACUACAAUGCCUACUACUUCCACAACACCAAGUCCGGCGAGACCACAUGGACGAAUCCGCUCCAGCCUGCGCCCGCCGAGGAGGCUUCCGUUGACCCUACAGCAACCUCCAUGCCCCCAACCCCUUCUGCAUCUAUGUCUGCCAUGUACGACCUUCAGGCCGCAGCAGUUGCACAGGGCAUCGAUCCCUCGCUGGCCCAUCUCGACCCCUCGCUCGCUGCUGGUCCCUCGAAUCCGGCGUUUACUUACACGGCCAAAUUCAAUGCGCGUACCGGUGCAUUCACAAAGCCAGAUGGCCGCGAUCCGUCGCAUUUGUCGGAAUACGAGCGCGCAAAACGCAUGAGCGAGUUCUACUUCGACGUCAAUGCAUGGGAGCGCGAGGUAGAGUCGCGCAAGCUCGAAGAGGCACAAGAGGAGGAAUCUAAGAAACGAAAGAGACCAACCAAGAAGGAUUUGGAGCGAUUCAAAGAGCAGAAGAGAUUGAAGAAAAUCGCCAAGACUGCUUGGUUACGCACGUAG